CAAAUCCGUUUGCCGCUAUUCGCAGAGCCCGCUGCGAACCAAGGACAUUGUACUAAGAGAGUAGCAAUCAUUUAUUUGUUGGUAUUUGUGCAGUGAGUUACGAAAGAAUAAAAGUGAAUUUGUGGUCUUUUUAGCCUGCAUUAAUAUGAUUUAUGCAGGAAAAAACAAAUUCGAUUCGCCUGCAAACACAACCAAUAGCAACCAUAGCAAUACAGAAGAAGAUAAUAAGAAAAUAGAUGAGUCUAACAUUUGGUGGCGAAAUAAAAAGCAAUCUAGAAAAUCUAGGAAUUUUUCAAAUACAAUCAAUCUAGGCUUAGAAACAGAUAAACAGUUAAAUAAAGUGUUUGUUGAAGAUGAAGCACCAAUCAACAAGAAGUUGCCCAAAGAAUUGCUAUUACGAAUAUUUUCCUACUUAGAUGUUGUAUCGCUCUGCAGAUGUGCUCAGGUCUCGAAAGCUUGGAAUAUUUUAGCACUGGAUGGCUCAAAUUGGCAAAGAAUUGAUCUGUUCGAUUUCCAGAAGGAUGUAGAGGGCCCAAUAAUUGAAAACAUAUCUCGAAGAUGUGGAGGUUUUCUUCGACAAUUAUCCCUCCGGGGUUGCCAGUCGAUUGCCGAUGGCUCAAUAAAAACUCUGGCUCAACUUUGUCCCAACAUCGAAGAUUUGAAUUUGAACGCAUGCAAGAAACUCACGGACGCUACUUGCAAUGCCCUGUCUCGACACUGUACGAAAUUGCAGAGACUUAACUUAGACAGUUGUUCUAGCAUUACCGAUAAUUCUCUCAAAGCUUUAAGUGACGGUUGUCCGAAUCUUACGCACGUAAAUAUCAGUUGGUGUAGUAACAUUACGGAAAACGGAGUGGAAGCUUUAGCUAGAGAAUGUCCUAGAUUGAAGAGUUUUAUUAGUAAAGGUUGUAAACAUAUCACAUCGAGAGCUGUUAUAUGUUUAGCGAGGUUUUGUCAUCAAUUGGAAGUAGUAAAUUUACAUGGCUGCAGUAAUAUCAGAGAUGAGGCCGUGCAAGCAUUAGCAGAAAAGUGUCCACGAUUACAUUACCUAUGCCUAAGUGCAUGUUCUGGACUUACAGAUUCAUCACUAGUAGCGCUGGCCACGAAUUGUCACCUGUUGUCAACAUUGGAAGUUGCAGGGUGUUCACUUUUCACAGAUGCUGCUUUUCAGGCGUUGGCUAGGAAUUGCAGAUAUUUAGAGAAAAUGGACUUGGAUGAGUGUGUUCUCAUAACAGAUGCUACUCUAAUUCAUUUAGCCAUGGGGUGUCCUAGAAUUGAAUAUUUGACUUUAUCUCAUUGUGAAUUAAUAACCGAUGAAGGAAUUCGACAUCUGUCCAUGUCUCCGUGUGCGGCAGAAAAUUUAACAGUUUUAGAAUUAGAUAAUUGCCCUCUCGUCACAGAUGCUUCACUGGAACAUUUAACUUCUUGUCACAAUUUGCAACGAGUAGAAUUGUACGACUGUCAACUAAUUACUAGGGUUGGAAUUAGAAGACUAAGGAGUCAUUUACCAAAUAUAAAAGUACAUGCUUACUUCGCACCGGUGACACCACCUCCAACGGCUGGGGGCAGUCGACAAAGGUACUGUAGGUGCUGCAUCAUACUAUGAGAUAAUUGCCCCUUUGGUUCCCAAGGUCAUGAUUUGCCACCAUCUUAACGCUAUGUGUUCAUCGACGGUCAUGUAGUGUUGAUUAAUGCAAGGCAUUUUUCUUGCAACCUUUUCGAGGUAUCCUCAUUGAUAUAUUGACCAAAUGUAAUUUUUUUUUAAUUUGGAUUGAGGUGGAUUUAGGAGACGAUUUUAGAUUGAGAGCUAUAUAGCAUUAUUUUAAAUAAUGCCGAUUGGAGAAGUUAGACUUUCAUAUUUCUGGAUAUUCGUAUGUGAAAAUAUUGAAAGCUAUAUUAUGGAUGAUGCAUAGGUUAUAAUUGAAUCAUUAUUAUUUAAUCUAACAUCUUGAAAAUUAACAUAGUUUUUAUUUAUACAAAAGAAUCGAUUAUUGCAAAUCUGAAAGUUAAUCUCAAAAUAAUAAUAAUAAAAAGAGCUUUAAAGGUCAUUAAAAAAAAAAACUGUAAUUUAAUUGUAUUUAUUUUGAUUUUAGUUAUUGUACACUUCAUAACAUUUGUAUAUUUAUUUAAUGUAAUCUAUGGAGAAGGUAUUAAGACUGUUAGUUAAAGGUUACCUUUUUUACUUGUAAAUAAUAUUAUUAAAGAGAAAUCCUUGCAUUACAAUAAUGUACAAAAACUUAAAAAACUACUUCGGUUAAUGAUGAAAUUAAGUGCUCAUGAAGUUUUUGUACUAAAAAAAGAUAAGGGGCCAUAGGGGCAAGUUUUCGAUAAAUUUGUUAAAAUUAAUGUAUUUAAAUUAUGGUAUAAUUGUGUAGAGGCCUUUUUGAAACUAAACGAUUCUUGAUAAAACUUUCUUGUAGAUAAUUAUUGAUAAAUUUACCUAUAUUACUAUUAACUUUGUUUCUAUGGCAUGUCAUGUUGAUUUUUCGUUAAAUUAGACUUAGGUAUUGAUAGUUAAAUUUCAGAGGAUUCUAUCGUAUUCGUUCUCAAUAUUUUAUUGUAUACAGUUCGUCCAUUAUCUUACUAGUUAAUUAUUUUCGAAGACUGUUUAUUUUGGUUUGUUUUUUUAUUCAAUUUUUACCCCUACUGUCUAACAAGAUAUGACGUCAUCGAUGAUUUUUUUAAUUCAAAGGGUAUAUUUUUAUAUAAAAAACGAAAAGUCCAUAUUUUACUGAUUUCAACCAGUGGCGGCUUGUCCUAACGGGCCAAAGAACCGUGGCACUAGCGCAAAAUAUGUCGACAAAAAAAUUCUCGUCGUGUUAUUCCAAAACACAACAAAUAAUUCAAAUGACUGACAAUUCACUGGACUAUAUUCCGUCCGAGCCACAUCUCACAACGGCCCGGCCGCUAGCAUAGCAAUAUAUUGAAAACGGUUACGUUACACAUGCAGAAAGUACGUGUUUAAUACGUUUAAACGGGGUCACCUAAUCGAGUGGCCCGGAUUAAUUUUUUGAGUAUUUUAGUCGCAUAUUGGCGUUGUGCGUAAAUGCAUCGGCAGGCCGGUUUAAAUAAGUUGAAUGUUUUAUUAACUUUUGUAUAAUAAUAUAAAUACAGGGUUUCUCUGAUAACUGGAAGGAGAAGAAUUCUCACCCAAUUUUAUUAGGUUGUUGCUGUUACAUAUAUGACGUUGCUUGCUUGAGGUAUUGUUUAAUAUAAAAAAAUAUCCUUUUAAAUAAAUAAAAAAAUAUAUCGAUGACGUAACAUCUUGUAAGGUAGUGGAGGUAAAAAGAAAUAAAACUAAAAUAAAAAUCGACUUGUCGGGGUUUUACCUCAGAAAAUAAUUAAUUCAUAAGAUAAUGAAACGUUUCGACACUUUAUGAACAGAGUGUAAGCAUUUGGGUUGGAAAUCUAAAAUUAUCUAUGUUAGGCAACGUUUAGACAAAAAACGCCGAGACACGUCAAAUUUUAAAUUUAAUUUGGCUUUUGAUUAACCAUCGCUAGGACGAUGGCAUGAUGAAGCUAUCCAAUUUUUUUGAGUAGAAACCUAUAACGUAGAAUUUUAGGUUUCCAACCUAAAUAUUCACAAUGUAUAUUUUUUUUUAUAAAAGUUGAUAACAAAGAUUUAACUUAAAAGCUUGUACUCCAAAUCAAACAAGGAGAGAUGAAGAUGACUGGCGAUGAUAUUUUAACAUUUACAAAAUCGGUUAUAACAUCUUUGGAGUAUGUUCAAAAAUACUGAAUUUUUACUAUGUACAGUACAAAGAAUUUCAUCAGGUGCUUACCACGAAUGACAGUUAAUAGCCAUACAAGUCAUGAAAUGUAAAGACAUUUAUACAUAAAUUUAAGUAAGUAUCGUUUCCCAAUUACCAGUUUUGGGGAUUCCAUCAAUUAAAUAAAACAAUAACCAUCUAUGGCAACAAGACGUUACAAUGUGCGCGUUCAGCCGACGCAAUAGUUGAUUUAAACCAGAAACCUGUUUUUGAUAUGGUCAAAGUCAACAAUUAAAAAGCACCUGAACGGUAAAUGUGUGUUUAGAGAUUAGACAAUAUAAAUACACGUGGUGACCUCUAGUGGUGUGGUUACAAAAAUAAAAUUAUUUUCGGUUAUAAAGUAAGGUCAUAUAAAAUUAUACAAAAGUUAUAAUCAGUCAUAAAUGAAAUUUUUCUUCAUGGUUUAACUUUAAAAUAACAUUUUAAAAAACAAGUGUACACAAAAGUUGAAGUUGAAAGUUGAGAAAUGUAAGGUAACAUUUUUUAACUGCCGUUUUCUCGACUAUAAUAUUUAAAGUUAUUUGUGAAAAUUAUCCCAAGAACUAUUGAAUAUAACCUUUUUCCUUUGAAAUUUUAAUUUCAAGUCGAUAAAAAAACUUCUUGCAGCUCCCAUUUAAAAUUAAUUUUAAAUAAAUGACAAAAUAAUUUUUCUUCUAAUAUAUCACUAUUUACAAAAUCCCAAUUACACACAUUUGUUAAAAAAAAAAAAAAAAAAAUUUAAGUUAAAAUAAGCUCAAGAGAGGUCAAGAGAAACGAGAAAUUUUCGUCGAGACGAUAAUUCAGUAAACUGGACGCAAGAGUUUUUAAUAAGAGCCCGCGUUCAGUUAACUUGACACACUAAGUAUCAAAUAUCCGUGUUCCUAUAAACGGCGGUAUGCACUGAAAAUGUUUUCCAUAUAUAAAAUUAGUGAUGGGUCGCUUUGAAAAGUCCGAUGGAUUAGUCUGAAAAGUUGACUAGUCCAAACACACUUUUCAAAAGUGGAAAAGUGUUUUGCCCAUGCCCAAAAUUAAAUUAACCAAUUCGAUUUCUUACAAACAAACAGUGGCGGCUCCUGCCUUAGCACAUAGGUAAAGCCACGGAUUAACAUUUUCGGGUGCCUAGCCCAGAUUUUGACUCGAAGUCGUUAAAAAGCAAGUAUAUUAACGUGCGCAUUUAUCAUUUUUACAAAAUAAUAAAUAACAUCAUCCAAUACUUUUGUUUUUUGAGAUGAUGUAGGAAAAAAAAAGAACAAAUUCCAGUUAAAUGAGCGAAAAAAAUCCGAACAGACGCAUUCAUUGAACCUGCACUGCUCAUUAUAAGUUUAAUCUAAUGUACAUAGCAAUGAACAUAAUUUGCUAAAGAAUAUUUAUCUUUAAUUUUUUUUGUACCCCAUUCAUACCUCCGCUCAUGCCUGACGCUCCGUCGUAACUCUGCGCGAUCAACUUAUUUGGUGUCAUUAAUUAAUGGAUUAAUUUCAUUUAAAAUGCAAUUUGCUGUUGAAAUGGCAUUGUGUCCGGGAGGAUUUACAAAUUUCCAAAAUCUACUGGAGGCAAUGUAUCGUAGAAUAAUGACCAAUUGAAAUUCGUUAGCAACAUCGUUAGUUUCGUCAGAAAUUACAGCUACAUAAUUCGUUUUUUUAUUUCUUUAGCCACUUCUUCAUGGUAAACGCCAAGCAUGCAGUCCAAUAGUUCGUUCUGUAUGGUCUUAGAGGUCCCUUUAAAUACUGUUGCUUUGUUGAAAUGUAAAUUAAAUCUGCAUCUAAAUCAGAACUAAAAUCUAUCAAUUCUCGGAACACUCCUUUAUUUUUGGAUUCAACGGUUUCAUCAUGUCCGCGCAAUGCUAAUUCUAAUGCACCACAAAAUCUAAUACAGUUAAUAAUGAUGUUUAAAAUAUAUCUUUUUAUCAACUUGUUCAUUGUGGGUAAUAAUAUUUUGUCUAUAAGCCGAAUUUAAUUGAGUCAGUAUAUUUGAUUUUUCAAGCAAAGAAUAACUAAAAAUAUUAUUUACAUGGGUCUUACUGUUUUCAUGUGUUUUAAUUUUCUCAUAAAUGUGUACCAAAUCAGUUACACCAUGCAUCGUCCACGAAGAAUCGCCCCCGAACAAAACACACACAAAACAAAAAAAUGCGUCUUUUUUUUCAUCACAUCCACAAAUCCAGUUAUUUUUUAAGUACAAAUUCCGGUUAAACUUUCUUAUCCGGCCUUUGAAGUUUGGCGAACUUCAGGUGGAAGCCUUCUGCGUUUUUAUUGUUUCCAAAUCGGGAAGAGGUCUCCCAAGUUCCUUUAUUUGGAUUUUUUCCUCGAACGAGUGCGUAGAAAAAGAUUUCAGUAACGGAUUGCUUAUUUUAUUCAUUUUGCUUCGGACUUUCGGACGAUUUUUAAUUAAUUAUACUUUAAAAACUCAACUAUUCUAACUAGGUCGACUACUUGUCAUGGUGACUUUUCGUUACUUUUCCGGACAUGUCCGUCGGACUAGUUCAAAUAUUACUUUUCAUGAAAAGUCCGAUCUCUAUAUAAAAUUAUUGAUUAAGACUACAGUGACAUAUUUUUUUAUUACAAUAGUUACUGUUGGGUUUUGUGCUGAUGUUGCUAUGACUUAGUGAACACUGAACCUGCUAUUUAAAAAUGUGAAAAUCGUAAUAUGUGCGAAUUUGAUCAUCCAGUGUCGAAGUUGACAACUUAAAAAUAAUUUCCCGGUGUCAUUUCUUAUUUGGACACCCAGUACAUUACUGUAUGGAUUUUGUGUACAAUAAGGAUAACAUAUAUCAUUAACUUGAAGUGAAGAUAUUGUAUUGCGAGUGUAAAAAUCACUUUUACCUGUACAAAAUAAUUUAAUCAAAAAUGUUAAACCAGGAAUUUGGUUAUGGAUAAUCAAUCAAUUUGUAACUGGUUUCAAAAUAGUUUUUUAUAUGCCUUUUUGAAUAA